GCCACACUCAGAGACGUUUAAUGGUUACAUAAGUCGUUCCUUAGUACAGAUUUAAAAAAGUUCGCUCUCAGAGACAGUUAACGAUUCAUUACCGUCCCUUAAUGACAAUUAAAGUUAAGUACAGCAAAACCUUUACUUAACUUUUUAAUGGUUGAUUUUGACAUUUGCGUUUGCGGACUUGAGGUUAUAUGUUUAUUUAUAAUAGGUACAAAAAUCACAUUUAGCAUUAAUUAAAAGUUUUUUCAAUAUUAAAGAUUGGUAAAGAUGUCUGAUCUCAUAGACUUUAUUGACUUUGUGGACUAUGCCAGAAGGAAUAGAGAAGUCGGGCCGAGGCGGUAUUUACGAGAUAAUUCUGAUCCCUUCAAAAAAUACUCUGUUCAGGAAUUCCAUGCACGAUAUAGAUUCACACCAGAUUCUGUAAAAAAUGUUAUAUUGCCUUUGCUGGCACCCGACCUAAGGAAACCAACGAAAAGAGGAUUACCAUUUGCUCCGGAAAUAAUGUUGCUGCUGACAUUACGCUACUUUGCUACAGGCAGUUUCCAGAAAUUGGAUGGAGAUGUCAUGAAUAUCUGCCAGCAGUCAGUUUCAAGGAUUAUUGCACAAGUCUCUGUAUUAAUAGCAAACAAAAUGAAAGAUUUUGUUAAAUUUCCAUCUACUGUAGAAGAAAUUAAUACAGUUAAGCACAAAUUUUAUGAAUUAGCUCAUUUUCCUGGAGUGAUUGGCUGUAUUGAUUGCACCCACAUUAAAAUAAGAAGUCCUGGAGGAAUAGCUUCAGAGGUAUACAGGAAUAGAAAAGGGUAUUUUUCAAUCAAUGUUCAAGCAGUCACAGGGCCAAACUUGGAAUUUUAUGAUUUAGUAGCCCGGUGGCCUGGCAGUACACAUGAUAGUUUUAUCUACAACAGCAGUGCUGUCAAGCAAAGACUAAAUACUGGUGUAUUAAAAGGGAUUAUUUUAGGGGACAGCGGAUAUGCAGUUAGCAAUGUGCUACUGACACCAUUUUUAUCACCCAAUUCAACUCCCCAAGAAAAUUAUAACAAAAGCCAAAUUAAAACCAGAAAUACUGUGGAAAGAUGUUUUGGCAUUUGGAAGAGAAGAUUUCCUUGUCUUCAAGUGGGAAUGGGUAUCAAGGUGGAUACAGUUGUGGCUGUCAUAUGUGCAUGUGCAACACUGCAUAACAUCGCAUUAUUAGUAGACGAUUUGGUGCCAAUGAACUGCGAAGACAUUCAUAUUCAAAAUGAUGAUGUUGUACCAAUUAGUGAAAACUCUAACAGCAAUGGCUUUAUGGUGCGACAAUCUUUGGUUGAUAGGUUUUUCUCUUAAUAUUAGUUUUUUAAUAAAUAAAAAUCCAUAAAAUAAA